AUGACCGCUGAGAAAGUCGAUGAAGCGAAUGGGGGCAACAGCACCUAUGACGGGGGCCAAAAUCGCACCCGGCAUGAGGGCAACAGCGAAACCCAGCCAAUCCGUGUCCUUACACACGGCGUCCAUGAGCAUAUGAACCUCAGACUCUUCCUAUCACUGGCAGCCCUAUCCUUCCUCUGGGUCGGCUCGCAGAUUCCACUCUAUCUCUACGGCAGCGUGCUUCCCGACAUCUAUACGGAUGUAGGCGGCUCGACAGAUGGGAGAUGGGUAUGGAUGAUCAUUGGCUACCUUAUCCCAAACGCAGCACUAUGUCCCUUCGUGGGGGCUCUUUCCGACUUGUUUGGUCGUAAAUAUGUCGCGGGCGUCGGUCAGAUCUUCUUGGUCGUGGCGCCGGUGGUUGUAUCGACGGCACAUACAAUCAACGUUGCUAUUGGCGGCAUGGUCCUCGCCGGUCUCGGCGCAGGUCUCAACGAGCUCAUCGCCCUAGCAGGAACCUCAGAGCUCGUGCCCGUGCACAAACGAGCCAUGUACGUGGGCGCUGUCGUCUUCACCAUCUUGCCCUUUUGCCCGUCGCCCCUAUGGGCGCAACUUAUCACGAAGGAGUCCAAUUGGCGAUUCAACGGGUUCCUGAUCGGCGCUUGGAACAUUAUCGGCCUAGUCCUUCUCGUAUUUUGUUACAAAGAGCCUGACCGUGAAAGGCGAUCGCCCAAAGCCGUUCUGGGUGAGGUUGACUAUAUCGGCGGUUUCUUGAGCACCGUUGGCGUUGUCCUGUUCAUGGUGGGCAUGCAAUGGGGGGCUCGCGAGUAUUCGUGGAAAAGUAUUCAAGUUCUCGUUCCGUUCUUACUAGGCUCUGCGCUCAUCGCCACCUUCUUCGCGUACGAGAUGCGCUGGGCCAAGCACCCCAUGGUCCCAGCGCACAUCUUCUCUCGCGACAGGCGCACCAUGAUAGCCAUCUUGCUAGUAACAUUCCUAAGUGGUGGCAAUUUCUUCGCUUUGCUCCUCUUUUGGCCCACACAAGUCUUCAACGUCUACGGAAACGAUUCCGUGCAGAUCGGUAUUCGCACACUCCCCAUCGGCUUCGGUAUUAUCGGGGGCUCCGUCAUCAACCUCGUCCUGAUCCGUGCGACAAAGGGUCGUGUGCGCAUCUUGAUGGUGCUUUGGUGCGUCUUCAUGACGGCGUUUGUCGGUGCAAUGGCUGUCGCUCGCACGGACAACCUCAAGCCGAUUGUUUACUCCAUCCUGACCCUGGCCUCGGUUGGCGUCGGCGCUGUCAUCAUUCCUUGCUCGCUGAUUGCGCAAAUCAUCUGUCCAACCGAAAUGAUAGGGACAAUCACGGCAAUCACGCUGUCCAUUCGCUACAUCGGCGGUGCCAUUGGCUUUGCCGCCUUCUACAAUGUCUUCUUUCACAAGUACUACGAGCUUGCCAACGAUGUUGCCGCCCCUCGCGUUGCUGAAGCACAGAUCACACUGGACUUCUUUGAGCUCAUCGCGGUUGUCAGUCUCGGCUCCAAUGCUGAGUAUUCGGCGCUCGAGGACCUCAUCGCGGUCAGCCCCACGAUCUCACACAAGGAGACGGCCUACCAGACGAUUAUGGAGGCCACGACUCACACUUUUGCUAUUGCCUAUCAGUGGCCAUAUUGGAUAUCUAUCGCCUUUGGCGGCGCGUGUAUAAUCUGCAGUCUGUUCUUGAGGGAUAUCACGCAGUUCAUGGAGGAGGCAUUCUAA